AUGUCCGCCUCUCUCCCCGGCAGCCGGGGCCUCCCCGUGUCGCAGUAUGACCUGACCACGUACUGGGGCCGUGUGCGCCAUGCGGCCGACAUUUCCGAUCCGCGAACCCUCCUCGUUUCGCCCGCGGGUCUGGAACAGGCCAAGCAACUCAUUGCUUCCUACAAGCAGAACCAUGUCCCCGCCAUGACACCCGAGCUGUGGCGGGCGAAGAAGGUUGUCGAUUCCACACUGCACCCAGACACCGGCCAGCCCGUCCUUCUCCCCUUCCGCAUGUCCUGCUACGUGAUCACCAACCUGGUCGUAACGGCCGGCAUGCUCACCCCAGGCCUGCAGACAACGGGGACUCUCCUCUGGCAAAUCGGCAACCAGUCACUCAACGUGGCGAUCAACAAUGCCAACGCCAACAAAUCGACCCCGCUUUCAACGUCGCAAAUAGCGAAGUCCUACCUCAUGGCCGUGUCAGCUUCCUGCUCCGUGGCGCUGGGUCUAAACGCCCUCGUCCCGCGCCUGAAGCGGGUCUCUCCCAAUACCAAGCUAAUCCUCUCGCGGCUCGUCCCCUUCGCCGCCGUCGCCAGCGCCUCCGCGCUAAACGUCUUCCUCAUGCGCGGCGAGGAGAUCCGCCGUGGAAUCGACAUCUACCCGGUCCUGUCAGACGCGGAGCGGCAAAAGCGCGAAGAGGCCGGCGAAGACACCACCCCGCAAUCUCUCGGCAAGUCCAAAAAGGCUGCUACCCUUGCCGUCGGCGAGACGGCUAUCAGCCGCAUUCUCAACGCUACCCCGAUCAUGGUCGUGCCGCCGCUUAUCUUGGUGAAGCUUGAGAAGACACAGUGGCUGCGUGCACGGCCGCGCAUGGUCCUGCCUGUGAAUCUGGGCCUUAUUUUGACCACGUCGCUGUUUGCGCUGCCGUUGGCGCUGGCGGCAUUCCCGCAGCGUCAGGCUAUUAGUGCCGCCAGUUUAGAGGAGGAGUUUUGGGAGCGGGGUGGGCAUGACGGCAUGGUGGAGUUUAAUCGGGGUAUUUAA